GGAUAUCGCUUAGUCUGCUGUCGGCGCCUCAACUGCCAAGUAAUCGCCUGGGUACUCUCGUGGAGCUCGAGAUCUCGAGAUUGGACGCCGCCUCGUGUUCUGCGUUCUUGCGUUCUGAUCGACAACGCCGCGUAUGCGUGAUAUUGCCCCGAAGGAUAACAGAAAGUGCUUUUAGUGUCUGUCCUUUGCUGGAUUCUCGAUUCUGUGUGACGUUCGUUUGUGCCGUGUGCUGUGUCGUGCCGCAAAUAAAUCACAGAUUUUUCGAUACCCAUCAAAUUAAUUCACCAGAAAGUUGGCAAGAUGUCGGUCAGACUGAACGAGACGAACACCAUUGUGGACCGGAUGGUCAACUUCUUCGUGGAGCACGAGGAUCUGCGCACCAAGAGCUGGUUCCUUUCGAAUGCCCCCGGACCGCUGUUUAUGAUCCUGGGAGCCUACCUGUACUUCUGCCUGUAUGCCGGACCCCGAUACAUGCGGGAUCGCAAGCCCUUCGAGCUGAAGAACACACUCCUCGUCUACAAUGCCGUCCAGGUGCUCCUCAGUUGGGUGCUCUUCUACGAGGGCUACAAGGGCGGCUGGGGCGGCCACUACAACUUCAAGUGCCAGCCGGUGACCUAUGAGUCGGAUCCGAUUUCCAUGAGGAUGGCUCGUGCCGUGUGGCUGUACUACAUUGCCAAGAUCACCGAGCUGCUGGACACCGUGUUCUUUGUGCUGCGCAAGAAACAGCGCCAGAUCUCGUUCCUGCACCUGUACCAUCACACUCUGAUGCCCGUGUGUGCCUUCAUCGGAGUGAAGUACUUUGCCGGCGGACAUGGCACUUUGCUGGGCUUCAUCAACUCCUUCAUCCACAUCAUCAUGUACGCCUACUAUCUGCUGUCCGCGAUGGGACCCAAGGUGCAGAAGUAUCUGUGGUGGAAGAAGUACAUCACCAUCCUGCAGAUUGUCCAGUUCCUGAUCAUCUUUGUGCACACGCUGCAGAUCCAGUUCCAGCCCAACUGCAACUUCCCCAAAUCCAUUGCCGCCCUUCUAACCUUCAAUGCUGGCCUCUUCACCUACAUGUUCAGUGCCUUCUACGUGGCCAACUACAAAAAGGAGGCGGCUGCCCAGGCCAAACUGGCGGCGAAAAAGGAGUAGGCAGCGACGUUAGUUGGCGCUACCUUAAGCUAUGCACACUUACUUUAAUGUUCUCCUCUUUCCAAUCCCUGCUCCCUGAUCCCCAUUCCCAUUCCCAUUCCCCAACUCCCACCUCCCAAAUAUCCAACCCUAGGAAUACACAUAGGUCAAGAUGGAUAUUAUAAAAUCUGUAGUUCUUGUAAGCUUGUUUCGUAGUAUUCUGUUAGUGUUCGAGGAAUGCGGCCCCUUUUGUACUGUUGUUUGGAUCAGUCGCCAUUGCAGAGUGCAAGAGAUCGUUGCACUUUCUGUAUUGGGAUGGUGUUAUAGUACCAAAUAUUAUAGUUUAGUGAUUAGACUUUAUCCUAUGGACUGUUGGGCAGGCGAAUGACAAACUGGCAAACUUUUGAACUUUUGCCUGUCGAAAAACACAGCGGCGUACUGUCAACCCAAUUUAUGAUGAAAUGUAAUUUUGUAUAUUUUAUUUGCAAACAAUAAACAAACGAUUUAAAUGUAAA